AUGGAGAAGCACUCAUCUUCAAAUAACCACGUCAACGGUGGAGGAAGCCGCCGUGAAGACUUUGAAGUAGCGGUGGACGUCGUAACGCUCCAAGACUUCUCAGAUCUCCUCCACAAUCAACCCAACAAACUCUACUCAGAAUCACACCGCCAAAUCCAAAAAAUCCCAAACCAGAUACGUCGCCGGAAUAUUCGACGGAGCCAGCAAGUGUACGACCCAGUGCUGGUCUCCAUCGGGCCCUACCACCACGCCAAACCCGGCCUCCGUCGCGCCCAGGAAUUCAAGCACCAGUGCCUUAACCGAUGCGCCGGCGGAGAUGACAAGAAAAAGGCCUUCUUCUACUCCAAGAUUCUGGAGGAAGUCGCUGCCAUCAGAGACAGCUACGCGGAGGCGAAGAUCAUGGAGAAAUACGACGACAAAUCGCUAGCGCUGAUGAUGCUUUUGGACGCCAGCAUCAUCAUAGACUUCAUCCAUAACUACUUGGGGAUGAAAGGAAACAACUUCUUGGACUGGCGUCGAUGUCUUGGCGCCGGAUCCUGGCCGUUGAUGAUUCGCGAUAUCAUGCUCAUGGAGAAUCAGAUCCCCCUACAGGUGCUGAAACUGCUCAUCGCCAUGCAGUACGAGGAAGGAGAAGCUGCUUCGUUUCUCCCACGUUUUUUCGCUGGGUUUUUAACCUUCAAAACGCAUCUAGUAGGUGUAGACCUCGAGAAUGCAGAUAUCCCUGAUGAAAUUGAGGAUCCUUCCAUUCACUUACUCGAGGCUGUUCGGAAAGUUAUAGUGAAGAAGAAGAAGAAGAAGAUGAUGAAGAAGAAUGAGAUUAAAGAGCAGCAUAUACUUAUGUCCGAAUAUAGCUUAGUUAAUAAGAACGUGUUCAUGUUAUCUAGGUUCCCCAUGAGGGAAGAAACAGUUGAUGCUGGCGUAUCAUACAUGCAUCGUUCAGUGAUGGAUCUCAAGGCCAAAGGAAUCCGCAUAAGGUCUGAUCCUGACCUGUCGCCUGGGGAGAUCACUUUCGUGCCCGGUGUCUGUUUUAGCGAGCUCCACCUCCCAAUUCAAUACCUAACUCCAGUGGUCGUGGAAAACAUGAUCGCCUUUGAAGUUCUUCCACAUGGAUGCUCUAGUCCGGUGGUGCUGUCCUACGCCAUCUUCAUGAAGUCGUUAGUGCAGAGCCCACAAGAUGUGAAGGAGUUGCAGGCCAAUGGGGUGAUGCUGAAUAGGUUUGGGAAUUUAGAGAAUGUGGUGCAAAUGGUAAAGGAGGUUGACACGUUCGGGCUGCAUGAUCAGGAUAUAUUCAAGGAUGUAAAGAGAAGGAUUGAAGAGCAUUGCAGGAGCAAGGCUAGGACGUGGCUUGCUGACCUGGUUUAUAGUCGUUUUCGGACUCCAUGGACUGCUAUCGCCUUGUUUGCUGGAGUGCUUCUCCUUUGCCUUACCUUUGUGCAAACAUUUUUCACUAUCUGGCCUACGAAUCAAAGAGCGCUUUAG